UUGGAAAAUUAAGAGGAAUAAAGAAAAAUAAAAAUCGUGUAUAGAGCAUGCGUGUGCGUGGAUCGAUUCCUAAGGAAACCGAGAAGCUUUACCGCCUCAACUAUUGUAGUCGAUAACAACAAUAUUGCGAAUUUGCGAUCACCCAUAUUUUCAAUUAUUUUCACCCAAAUUUUUAAUAUUUGUUCGCAUAUAUGCUUGGAUUUGUUGGAGGAAUUUGCAGGUGAGUCAGUUCAAUGAAAGAAGAGGAAGAAGACAGGGUUUUACUGAGUGCUUUAGGUGUCACGUCAGCCAAUCCAGAAGAUAUUGAGCGUGACAUCAUAGAGAAGGCGAGAGAAGAUGCAGGAGACUCUGAUAAAACUGCUGAAGUCAAAGAGGAGGAACUUGAUGCAGUAAAGAGCAAUGGGACCUCAUCUCACGGCCAUGGUAACUUGGUUAACAAAUUGAGGGCAGUCAAACUUGAAUUAGAUGCUGUUAGAUCUGCUGUGGAACAGUUAGAGAACUUCAAGAGAGACAAGGAUCAACUUUCAGAUGAGGAUGACAAGGCAGAGCAGCAUAAUGCAGAAGGGGAUACAAUUGUUCUGCAGUCAUCUUCAAGUGUGACCCUUCAGCAUGCUCUUGCUGCAGAUCGAUUAGAAAGCCUGAUAAAAACGAGGGCACAACUUGAGAAAGAAAUUUCAGAAUCUUCUAAGAGUAACCAAGAUGACGACAGGUUGAUAAGAAACCUUGUAAAAGAAGCGCCCAAAUCUAAGCGAGGGUUGAAAGAGGUUGAUAAUAUAAGUCGUAAUAAGAACAAACGGCUUAAAAAAGUUUCAGUUGAUGAUGAUGAUGAUUUUGAAGCCAUUUUGAACGCAGCAUCUGCGGGGUUUGUGGAGACUGAAAGGGAUGAGCUAAUUCGGAAAGGAAUUUUGACUCCCUUUCACAAGCUUAAAGGAUAUGAACGCCGUAUUCAAGAACCAGGGUCAUCCAGUAGACACAUGGCAUCUGAGGACCCAAUGGAAUCUAAUGAUCUUGCUUCCUCAAGCAUAGCCAGGGCUGUCCAGUCAAUGUCAAAGGCUUCAAAAGCACGUCCAACAACCAAGAUGCUUGAUCCUGAAGUAGUACCGAAACUUGACCCACCCAGCUUCCCAUUUCAAAGGCUCCAGAUACCUUUGAAGAUCCCUCAAUCCCUCAAAGCAGAGUCAGAGAAGGUAAAAGAAAUCACAAGAAAGAAAAGAAGGCCUCAGCCUGGGAAAAAGUGGAAAAAGUUGGCCUCUCGUGAGGUAAAACUUGAGGAAGACGGAGAUUUGAGGACUUCCAAUAUUGAUGGUGAUGAAGGAUCGUCCUUUGUAACUCUUGAGGGGGGAUUAAAAAUCCCAGAAACUAUUUUUGGCAAACUUUUUGACUAUCAGAAGGUUGGUGUCCAAUGGUUAUGGGAACUUCAUUGUCAAAGAGCAGGUGGAAUAAUUGGAGAUGAGAUGGGCCUUGGUAAAACCAUACAGAUCUUGGCCUUCCUCGGAUCAUUGCAUUUCAGUGGAUUGUACAAACCCAGCAUUAUAAUUUGUCCAGUCACACUCCUGCGGCAGUGGAAGCGAGAAGCUAAGAAAUGGUACUCAAACUUCCAUGUGGAGUUAUUACAUGAUUCUGCCCAGGAAACACACAGUAGGAAAAAGCAACCAAGAUCAAGUGAUAGUGAUUGUGAUACUGAUGAAUUAAGUGACAGUGAUUAUGAAGAAAAAUCAUCGUCAAAAAGUACUAACAAGUGGGAUUCUUUGAUAAAUCGUGUCAUGAGAUCAGAAUCUGGACUGCUGAUAACCACAUAUGAGCAACUUCGUCUGCAAGGGGAAAAAUUGCUUGAUAUUGAAUGGGGAUAUGCAGUUUUAGAUGAAGGACAUCGAAUUCGGAAUCCAAAUGCUGAAGUCACUCUUGUUUGCAAACAGUUGCAGACUGUUCAUCGCGUAAUAAUGACUGGUGCUCCUAUUCAGAACAAGCUAUCUGAGUUGUGGUCUUUAUUUGAUUUUGUGUUCCCUGGGAAGUUGGGUGUCUUGCCAGUAUUUGAGGCAGAGUUUGCAGUACCCAUAUCCGUUGGUGGUUAUGCUAAUGCAACUCCAUUACAAGUAUCCACUGCCUACAGAUGUGCUGUUGUCCUACGUGACUUGAUCAUGCCUUAUCUCCUACGUCGAAUGAAAGCGGAUGUGGAUGCUCAGCUUCCAAAGAAGACUGAACAUGUCCUCUUCUGCAGUCUUACGCAUGAGCAGCGAUCCGUGUAUCGUGCUUUUCUGGCUAGCUCAGAAGUUGAACAAAUUUUUGAUGGAAGCAGAAACACUUUAUAUGGAAUCGAUGUUAUGCGUAAAAUUUGUAACCAUCCGGACCUUCUUGAGAGAGAACAUUCUCAUGCAAAUCCAUAUUAUGGGAAUCCCAAACGCAGUGGAAAAAUGAAAGUUGUUGCUGAAGUACUUACGCAUGAGCAGCGAUCCGUGUAUCGUGCUUUUCUUGCUAGCUCAAAAGUUGAAAAAAAAAAUGAUGGAAGCAGAAACCCUUUAUAUGGAAUCGAUGUUAUGCGUAAAAUUUGUAACCAUCCGGACCUUCUUGAGAGAGAACAUUCUCAUGCAAAUCCAGAUUAUGGGAAUCCCAAACGCAGUGGAAAAAUGAAAGUUGUUGCUGAAGUACUUAAUGCAUGGAAAGAGCAGGGACACCGCGUUCUUCUUUUUACGCAAACAACUCAGAUGCUUGACAUCAUGGAGAAUUUUCUUGUUGCCGGUGGCUAUAAUUACAGGAGAAUGGAUGGUUUGACUCCUGUGAAACAAAGAAUGGCUCUGAUAGAUGAGUUUAACAAUACAGAUGAUGUUUUCAUUUUCAUCUUAACAACCAAGGUUGGUGGUCUGGGAACAAACUUAACUGGUGCGAACAGAGUGAUAAUCUUUGACCCUGACUGGAAUCCCUCAACGGAUAUGCAGGCUAGAGAACGUGCAUGGCGUAUUGGUCAGAAAAAAGAUGUAACAGUUUAUAGAUUGAUUACUCGUGGAACCAUUGAAGAGAAGGUUUAUCAGAGGCAGAUAUAUAAGCAUUUCCUUACCAAUAAGAUAUUGAAGAAUCCGCAGCAGAGAAGAUUCUUUAAAGCCCGAGACAUGAAGGAUCUUUUCAUAUUGAAUGAUGAUGGUGAUGGUGGUUCUACUGAAACAUCUAGCAUUUUUAGCCUGUUAUCUCAAAAAGUAAAUGUUAUUGGAGCUAGCAAUGAUAAGCAGGAUGAGUCGAAAUCCCUGAAAUCUAGCACAUGCAAAACUGAUGAUUUAAUAAUUGAUUUGCAAAAAAACGAGGUAGGUAAAAGUAUUGGUCAGGACAACGCCAGUCUCAGUGAUGAGAAAGCAGAUGAAGAGACAAACUUUUUGCAGAGUCUCUUUGAUACUCAUGGUAUUCAUAGUGCUGUGAACCAUGAUGCAAUUAUGAAUGCGAAUGAUGAAGAGAAGCUGAAGCUCGAGGAGGAGGCCUCAAAGGUUGCCCAAAGAGCCUCGGAAGCGUUGCGACAGUCACGAAUGCUACGGAACCGAGAAAGUAUAACUGUUCCAACAUGGACUGGCAGAUCAGGAGCUGCUGGUGCACCAUCAUCAGUGAGGAGGAAAUUUGGCUCUACAGUUAAUUCGCACUUGGUGAGUUCAAAGCAACCAGAAGUAGUUUCAAAUAAUGGUGCCAGCAAGUUAAAUGGAUUUGCUGCUGGGGUGUCUUCUGGUGAAGCCUUAUCCUCGGGAGAGUUGUUAGCUAGGUUAAAAAGAAACCAAGAAGAAGCUGUCAGUGAUGGGCUUGAACACCAGUUAGCCAUUGGUACACCCUGCAAUGGAAGAGAACGGUCAGCAGCUAAUGGGCAUUCUAGAUCAGCAAGCAAUGCUGGAGUACUUCCAGAACUUCUGAUUCGUCAAAUCUGUUCUUUCAUUCAGCAAAAAGGUGGGAGCUCAACUUCAGCCAGCAUAGUGGAUCACUUCAAAGACAGGAUACCUUCAAAAGAUUUGCCUUUGUUCAAGAAUCUUCUCAAGGAGAUAGCUUCGUUGGAGAAAAACCCCACUGGAUCAUAUUGGGUUCUGAAGCCAGAAUAUCAUGAUCAAUAAUAUCCUCUGAGGUUGUUCUUCUUGGAAACCUUGUUCUCUUUCACGAUUCAAUGGGACCUUGUCAUAUCUUCUGGACUUGCUAGGACUGAAUUCUUCACUCAUUUGAAGAUGGCGUAUAUGCUUUGUGACUUGCAGCUUGACUAUAGGGCCUUAGUUUGUUUUAGCUAAUAGGCUCUGGUAACGUUUUUGAUGUACAGUGAACAUUACUUCGGCUUUAAUUUUGAAUGAGGAAGGUCGGAUGCCGCGGACAUGAAAUGCAUUGCCACACACCAGCUGGUGAGAGUGAAGUAUUUUGA